AACACACACACACAAACACACACCUCCUUAUUGAGGAAACAGUUUCUGAGGAACAACACGCCAAUCAGUGCAGUUGCCAUGGAAACAGAUGCGGCGCAGCAGCAGAGCGGGGAGCGACGAGCUCGAUGCUUCCCGGCGUCUUUCAGAGAAACCCGUCGGAGCAGCCGGACACACACAGCAGGUCCCGUCUCAUCAUCAGAACCUUCUGUCCUCAGAGGACAAACACCUGGACCAGGACCCGGGGACCAUGAUGGAGGACGGAGAAGACAUCCAGAAAGCAGAGAGCUCGAAGAGGACAGGUCGGUCCAACUUCCUGCUGGGAACCGGAACCAGGAGCUCCAGGGAGGACCCGUCAGAGACCGGACCAGAGGAGAACCACGAAAGUGAAGACGAGCUGAGCCGCAGGAGGCACAGGAACAGACGGAGAGCCAGGUGCUGGAGCAGGUUCUCCUCAGCGGUUCUCUGCAUCAGGAAGAGUUUGGAGAACCCGCCGGAGGUGGGGACACCGAGACCCGAGGACGUCCCUCUGAAGGACAGAGGAGACAAGAGGUUCAGGAUGACCCGGGUCCUCAGAAGACUUCGAACUCCAGAGGUCCAGCGAGCUCGGGGUCAGAACCGAGGGUCUCCAAAGAGCUUCCAGAAGAAACUGCAGAGGUUCUUCAUCUGGGGACAGAAGAGACGGCCCAGGCCUGGAGACACGGAGGACACUAAGGUGGAGGAGGACCCGGACGCAGAGACUGCUGAGAGUCCAGAGACUCUGGUGGUCCAGGGUCAGGCAGCAGAAGGUCCAGAACCACCGACAGAAACCUCAGAGGUCCUGACAAACACGGAACCAGACCAGGACCAAAGUGUUGAGACAAACCAGGUCCCUGUGGAGGUCGUGUCUUUAGAGGACGAUGAGGUCUUUGUGGACCUCCAUGAUCCACUCCAUGAGGAGACCAGAGCUUCCCAGUCCUGUAACCCUUCCAUCAACGGACCCGCCAUCCGGAUCCAGGUCUGUCCCCCUCAGGACUUCAUCCAGGAGGAGGACUGGGACAGUGGGUCCCCCUCAGAGAACCACCUCCACCUUCUGUUCUCCUCUGACCACAUGGAGCUGCAGCUGCUUCAGACGGCCCGCCUGCUGGUCCGGACCGCCCUGAGGGCCGCUGUGGACCAGCUGAGCAGAGAGCAGCAGAACCAGAACCAGAACCAGGACCGAGACCUGGACCAGGCUCUGAGGAGGGCGGAGCCAGGCGGGGCACUUCCUGUUUCCAGUUUAUUAAACGUCAGAUUUUAAACCUCAGAACCCAGGAUACGGUCUGGUACCGGGUCCAAUCAGCUGCUCUGUAAAACUAAACUCUGGUUCUGGUCCAAUAAAGGAAAAAAAAGUGAAAUAAUUUGUAGUAACCUGAGUUUAACGAGUUCUUCUGAUUGACAGGAAACACAGAGAUCUUCUGGGUCAUAAUCCUGUAGGAACCUGGACCGGUUCUGGUUCUGGUUCUGCACAAUUCAAUUUGUAUUUUCCUCAACUUGUUCCGAUAAAAAAAAAUCAUUUAUUUUUCUUUUCAAUUUAAUAAAAUCAUUAAAAAAAACCCAGAAUGUUUAGGUUUUAAGCAGCUUCCUGUCAUGUCUGGAAAAGGUUUUUAAUUUUCAAAAUAAAAGCACUUCUUGUAGUUAUGUCCUUCCUCUCCAUCAGGACCUGAUUCUGAGGUCCAAGUUCUUCCCUCAUCCUCAGGAAGAACAUCAGAUCCAGAUGUUUAAUUAGAAGCUUUUAGUUUGAGAAUAAUCUUAUUUGGUGUGUUUGUGGUUUUAGAAUUUAUUCUUAAACAACGAAACCGUUUGUGAUGAAGCAAUAAAAAACCUUUCAGAAUAAA